AUGUAUUGCUGUUUAAGACGCAGAGUCGCGAGUGGUAAUGUUGGUGGAAGUAUUACAUUGCAGUGUUUUCUAAAUAAAUCACGAUCUAGGUACUUCUGGCAAAGGGCGAAUUCCAAAGAUGGCUUUUAUAAAUAUUUGAGUAUAGAUGAUAAUAAGUAUGAAAUGCUACAGAAUAAACAUUUGAAGAUAAAUUACCUGACUUUUGAUGACAGUGAUUACUACCGAUGCACUGCAACUACAACCCAGGAAACAGGUCUGAAACAGGAAUUAACAGUAAAUGGUAUUCCUGUUGUUCAUACAGAGCCGUCAUAUAAGGUUCUGCGGAACUCACAAGUAAAAUUGCGAUGUUAUACACAUACUAAAACAAGUCCAACAAUAACUAAUGUAUCGUGGCAGAAGAAAACAAAAUGGGUAUCCUCUUUUAGUAGUAUCCAGUAUGGAAAUACUAAAUACAGCGGUGGCACAGUAGCAGACCCAUCUCUUACAAUAAAGAAUCUGGAAGAUGCAGAUGGUGGAACAUAUAGAUGUCUUCUUCAAAACAACCGAGGAGAAGGAUUUUCUGACACAGAGUUAGAUGUUGGAGAUUUACCAGUUGUGUUGAUCCCGCAACUCGAUUACUACCCUACGCGCACGAAAACACUAGAAAUAUCCUGUUACAUAGGUAAUUCGGACAGCGUUAGAUGGCAAAAACAAUCACAACCUAUAGAUCUUGCUUCGUAUAAAUACAGCGGAGGAACAUUUGCAUCUCCAAACCUGACGAUAUAUAACAUUUGGUAUACUGACGAUGGAGAAUAUGAAUGCUGUGGAACAAACAACUAUGGUGAAUCCUGUGAUAGCUGUAAUGUCCAAUCUGGACAUAAACCAACGCUGACUAAAAGUAACGAAAACGUUAGUGCGAAGAUAUCGACUAAGUUUGUCUUAGGAGUUACAAUCACUUCAUCUACUCCAGCACCUUUGUCUGUGUAUUGGUAUAAAAGCUCACUACACAUAUCUGGAUCAAGAUACCAUGGUGGUACUUCUAGCAUACCAAGUCUGACAAUAAACACCGUGCGUGCUACUGAUGAUGGAACAUAUACAUGUACAGUAUACAAUGGAGUUGGAUCAGCAUCUGUGGAUAUAAAUCUAAUCACAUGGAACACACCUUCUGUUUCCUUUUCUGGAAAUCAGGACUUAGCAGUUGGUAGUGAAGCAUUCAUACAAGUCAGAGUUACCUCAAAACCGGAUGUCAAACGUAUCACAUGGAAAAAAGAAACCGUACCCAUAAAUUUUUCUGAUACCACCAAAUAUCAAAAUUCCGGUUCACUGCAGAAUCCACAAUUGAAAAUAGUUGAUGUACAGGUUUCGGACAAAGGGACGUAUAGCUGUUCUGCAUAUAACGGUUAUGACACAGGAACAGGCACAGUACAGAUAAAUGUCGGAGAAAUAACCGAAGCCACGAUUUUGACUGAGUACUAUGUCACCAUAGUGGGAGAGGAGAUAACUUUAGAAUGUCUCAUUAAGAACGAGACAUCAGAACGAAAACUUUACUGGUUAAGAGGUGCAAAAUAUGUGGAUUUAUACUUAACCAACAAGUAUAGCCAUGGAACACUGAACCAACCAUCACUAACCAUAAAAAAUAUUGAAACAUCUGAUGCCGGUAAUUACACAUGCAAACUGGAAAACAAGUUUGGACAUUCGGAGGAUACCGUUGUAUUGAAAGUUCUUUUUGUACAAGUUUAUCCGCCAUUACAGUUAAGCCCAAAAGCAAAUGAUAGUGUUAUUCUACCAUGUUAUGCCUAUGGUGGAAAUCGCGUAACAUGGCGGAGAAACGGUAAGAAGAUAAAUACAACGGGCAGCUCGGAAUACAGCGAGAGUACAGUUAACAAUCCACAAUUGACGAUCUCAAAGGUAACCCGGAAUCAUGCUGGUAAUUACACAUGUGAAACAUCGUACGGGUCUGUAUCGGCUACCAGCGAUACACAACUACAACUUAAUGUCAAAGAUAUUCCCUUAGUACUCCAAUGGUCAAAUAAUAUUCCAGCUUCUACAGGUGAUAAUAUUCAACUCGAAUGUAACCACGCGUCUUAUCCUGAAUCUUCAUUAGUAUUUUGGAACAGAGAUGGUGAAAAAAUUAAUGUAUCAGAUUCAAAAUAUAACGGAGGCACAAUUAAUGAACCAUCUCUAACCAUUAUCAACACUGAACAAAAAGAUUCAGGCAUUUAUAUGUGCGCUGUAGUCAAUGGCAUAGGAACUGGAUACAGUAGCGAGAUCCAACUCAUAGUGAAAGAUCCAGAAAUGACAAAUGGUGCUUUAAAAUCAGUUGUUGGUGGUGUAACAGGAACAAUAUUUGUACUCGUUGCUGUAUUUAUAAUUUUUAUUGUGUUUCGAAGGUAA